GCAAGUGGACACGAGAGCUGAGAGAGGGCUGAAAUCGGUGCACUUCAAGGACCUGCUUUCUUCAAAAGGUGAAACAUCUACAACAAUCCUAAUACAUGGUGGAAUAGGCCAUAGCUGCUUAAAACUGUUGUAAGAACUUAUGCGUUAGUCAGUACUGAAACAAGCUUCAGAGGACUGAGAACACCCUGGUGCUCCUGGAUGGUUGGCUGAGCUGAGCAGGAACGAUAAAUCUCAGGAUAUCCUUCCCUGCCACAUUGACCCCGUCUGGCCCCUCAGCCCUUACAUCUUGAGUGGAUUGUGAUCGGUGGGGAUGUCAGAGGGUGGAGUGGGUACCUGCCCCCAGGUGUUUGUGGUGGACAGCCAGGCCAGCUUCAUCCAAAUGCCCAGUGAAACGAAACCAAGGUGGGCCAGAGACGGCCAGAAGUUCCUUCUCCUGCUGGUGGGGAUGUCUUUGCUGGGACUUAUUAUUGAAGGAUGUUUUAUCUACAAUCUUUACAAAAAGACUGAGGAAUUCUCUUCGUGUAGAUCUCAUCAUCUCUGCCACAACUUGUCAAAUCCAGCGACGUCCAUGCAGCAGGAUGGCACUGCAAUGGGUCGAGCAGGAUCUGCAGAGUCCAAUGAGAUUCCCCUCUUGCAGUCAACGACAAAAGACAGGCCUUUUGCUCACCUUUUGGGCGCCAAUCAGCCAAUUGACGAGGGCAAUGUGAUGCAGUGGGUGGAAGAGGGUGAAGCCGUCAUACAAAAUAUGACACAUGAGAAAGGUCGACUGAUGGUCUUGCAAACAGGGUAUUACUACCUCUACUCCAAAGUGCAAUUAAAUGCAGAAGAGUGUACGAUUAUUCAGCACAAAGUUAUGAAAGACACCAGCGCCUACGGCAAACCUUUAGAGCUUUUGAAGUCAAAACGAUAUCGCUGCUGGACCCCAAAACCUUCAAACGGAAAGGCUGUGAACAAAGAGGAGGUGUGGAGCAGUUUCCUAGCUGGAAUUUUCCACCUGCAGAAAGGAGACAAAAUCUUUGUCACGUUUGACAAACCAUUAUAUUUGCGUCAAGGACCUACAGAAAACUUCAUGGGGGCAUUUAUGAUAUCCCCAUAGAGGACCUCAAAAUGUUUUAUCUGUAAUAUAUAUACAUAUAUAUAUAUAUAUAUAUAUAUAUAUAUAUAUAUAUAUAUAUAU